AGGCUUAUUGCUGUCACGUGACUAACCAUAACCCGGAAAGGGAAUUGCAUGACAGGCGAUUUGUUGACAUCGAAUAGGACCUAUAGUGUAACAUUUGGGAAAGUGUGGAAUGAUUUUCUACCGACGUUUGGUGCAGUCAUUUAACUUUGGAUUCACAUGCCGACCAAUUGCAACUAUUUGCUAGUAUCCGGUGCUGUCAUCAUGCAUCAUAACAGUUGCAUCCCGGUUUUUCUCGUUGGCUUACUAUCUUUCUAUGGAUUUCUGAGCUGUGUGUCUUCAUGUAGUAAGGCUGAAACACCGGACUGGCGAAUGACUUUAAAAACAUUGCAAUGGAUCCAUAACAUUGACAAAUACCUCAACGUUGCGCUGGACUUAUUUGGAGGACGAGAUGGACUGUCUUAUGAAUGCAGCGAUGGUUACAAACCACGAACCCGGCCUGGUUACAAACCAACCCCACCCAAUGGAUGUGGGUCACCCCUGUUCGGAUUCCAGUUUGACAUCGGCAUCCCGUCCUUGACCAAGUGCUGUAACCAGCACGACCGUUGCUAUGACACCUGUAACCGUGAUAAACACGACUGUGACGAUGAGUUCCAGGAAUGCCUGGAGACCAUCUGUAGGAGAUUACAGAAGAUGUUGGGACUGGCCCAGAGUGUCCAAGCGUGUGAGAAUACUGUGACCCUGCUGUAGGCUGUCAUGCACAUGGGGUGUAAACCUUACAUGGACAGCCAGAGAGACUCCUGCAUAUGCAAAUUUGAAGUCAAGAGGGAUCUAUGAGCUGCCAUCCAGAGGGGAUUCUGGAAUAGUCAAGCCACCAGAGAAACAUUGAAGUAAAAUAGUGUACCUCGGGAUAGAGCUGUGGAAGUUUCCAUUGAUAACAAUGUGCUACGCCUUGUGAAGGUGCCUGGAUGUGCUCUCAAUGAAUGAGCGUUGGGUGAUCUGAGUUUUAAAUUGCUAUUUGAUAAUUUUGUAGAAUUGUUCUCCUAUGCAAAGGUUGUUUAGUGGUUGUUGUCAUGUAUGUCAUUUGUUUGUUCUGCCACACAUAAUAUGAAGUAGCAAUUAAGAGAGAAUAUGAAUGUUUAUAAAAGGUAAGAAGACAUUGAAAACAAAUGUAUGACUACAAGCACAUUAAUGAUACAGUGAUGAGGGUAAUGGCUACAUUAUAUUGCCCAGUAAGUGUAUUGUUUUGGCUACUUUUUAAUGAUUUAUAUUAAAUGUGUAAAUAGGCUGAUAAAAUGAAAUGUACACAAUGUUUACCUGUUGAUGGAGUGUUGCCCCAGUGGUUAUGUUGUAGUGUUUAAUUAAAUGUUUGGAAAA